AUGGUGCUGAUGGGGCUGGAAAUCCUGGGCCACCAAGCAUCUCUGGAGCCUGGUGGGAAAGUGGUUGAUGAUGAGGUAUUGAAGAGAUCCCUGCCAGAGUCAGAGGCUUUGAAUCAGAGGAAAGAAAUUGAUGACAUCAAGGUUGAUGGGGACACAGCCCAUCCCAACUUGUCUAUUGCUGUGGACAAGAAGAGUUUUACGCAUAAAUCACAGGUCCAGAAAGUGACUCAAAAUGAAGAGAGUUUUGAUUCAUCUGUCUGUGUGCUGGGCUCAGAAGGUUUCUCCUCUGGGAAGCAUUACUGGGAGGUGGAUGUUGAAAAAAGCAAUGACUGGGACAUUGGAGUAGCAAAAAAAUCCGCUCCAAGGAAAGGAAUAAUUUCUCUGUCACCUAAAGAAGGAUUCUGGGCUCUGGGCUUGUGUUCUAAAGAUUACUGGGCAAGAACUGAUCCAUGGACACGGCUAGUGGUACAGAAAAAUCCCAGGAAAGUUGGAGUUUACCUUAAUUGUGAUGAGAAAACUUUGACUUUUUUCAAUGUUACUGACACAUCUGUGAUGUUCGCGUUUACAGACUGUGCAUUCUCAGAAGAAUUGUAUACCUUCUUUAAAAACUCACACAAAGAAUCAACCAUGAGAAUCUAUUCCAUUAAAGAGGAAUAA